AUGAGUGACGAGGAAUGGUCCACCGUGGACGAUCUGGAAGACGAUGAAGACGACACAAAUGAAGACGACACAGAUGAAGACGACACAUAUGAAGAAGACACAUAUGAAGAAGACCCAGAUAAAGACACUCUAGAAACAGAAGAUAUCAAGAAAAGGAUACAUCAGGCGCUACAAACAAUCGAUUCGAAUGGCGAUUUUGCGUAUUUCUGCGGUCUAAAUGGAAUACUGAACCCAAACCUCCAUAUCAACGGACUUAAUCGGGUGGUGAAGUUGCCCCUGUCCUCUGAUGAUACCAAAGCCAUUAUCGAUCACUGUCACAGAAGUCCGUUCGGAAAGGGAGAGGAGACGCUGGUUGAUACGUCUGUCCGGAAAUGCUGGGAGCUGAAUACUACCGAGUUCAGCAUCACGACUCCUGAAUGGGGUAACUACAUGAAGAGGAUUGUCGCUGAUGUUAUCAAGGGCCUAGGGGUUGCUGAUAAGGCGGGCUCAAUCAGAGCAGACCCCUACAAACUUCUCCUUUACGAAAAGGAUGCAUUCUUUCUGUCCCAUCAGGACUCUACAAAGGCAGAGGGAAUGUUUGCUACUUUGGUCAUUUGCUUGCCUACAGAGCACGAAGGAGGUGAAAUCGUUCUCAAUCAUCAAGGCAAACGCAUGAAAUUCAAAACCUCCACCACAUCAAAAGCUGGAUUCUCGUAUGCUGCGUGGUACUCGGAUAUCUUCCACCAGAUCAAACCCAUCACCAAUGGACAUCGUCUAGUCCUAACCUACAAUUUGAUCCUGGAAGGCUCGAGUGGAGUGCCAUCUGCUCCUAGCUCGAAGUCUACGCCAUUGAUAAAUGCAUUAAAGUUUUGGCAAUCUAGAGUUGAAUCCGAUGGUCCGGAUUGGCUCCUGUACAAGCUCUCCCACAUGUACACCGACUCCGGCCUGAGUUUUAACCGGAUGAAGGGCUCAGACCGCCCUCGUAUGGCUGAACUCCAGGCAGCAUGCGAAGAAACAGGCUUUCACCUUUACUUAGGAAACGUAGAGCGAAUGGUUGAUGGACCAUGCGACGAUUACAAAAACGCAGACGGCUAUUAUGAGAUUGAGUAUAUCUGUCAAGAUACCACCAGGAUGAAACCGGUAAUCGACUCACAAGGAAAAACCGUCUGCAGCGAAGUUCCCGUUGAGAAUUCCGAGUAUAUUCAGAAGAGUGUCCUACGUGGAACUCCUACGGAUGAGGAGUACUCGGGCUAUACAGGAAACGAAGGCACAUCCGUAUCCCACUUUUAUCGAAACACGGCUGUAGUUAUUGUUCCCGAAAGUUUAAAUGUUUACUUUCGCUUUCGAGGCAUAAAGGGAAGCAAUCAGAACGAACUGUCAGCGUGGCUUCAAAGGUUGCUGCCGUUAAUAAACGAUCCCGAUGGCUCCAAAUCGCGUGAAGAGUUCAUCCAGCUAGCAAAGUUGGUUCUGGCGCAUAACCAAGCUUACCAAAAAUCCCGUGAACUUUUGAAAUCGAGUUGGCACACAUCUAGUACUUUCACAUUUCUAUUUUCCGAUGCUAUCCUUAGCACAAUAGCUCAGGGUUGCUAUACGAUGAGGGAUUACAAACUGUUCGAUGAUGCCAUAAAACUACAUGCAGCCUUUGUGUCUCCAGAGGUCUACCCAUGUAUAGCUGGGUCUUUGAUCGGCCAGGAAUAUGCAGCAGUGAAGAAUAUACUCAAUGAUACCUUUCUGAAAGCUCGGGAAUCCCCAAAAAACCAAGUCUCAGUUGCGGACGGUCUCGUCUCAGCGUGCCUUGCAAUCCCAGACGACAAAAGGCCGGCCGAAUGGAAUGAUUUGCUGACUUGGAGGGAGCUUAAACUUCUCGACCUGCUACCGAAACUUCGAUAUGGCGGCAGAGACGAACUAGACCAUAUCGUCCGCAUAGUUACGUUAUAUCCGACUAUUGGCAGACUACAAGAAACAAUGAAGUUACGAAGACAGGUGAACUCAUGUGGUAUUACUGCGUCUUACCUUAUUAAACUAGGAGAUUCCUUUACAACAGGUGAUCUCGCCGUUGAAGGAUUCCCCGCGUUCUACCGAUUAGCUCUCACUGAUCUGAUGCAGGAUUUUAACCUGGACCAGGGCAUUGUUGAAAAACGUGCAUCUUAUACCGGGAAUGCCAGGACACGGCCAGAGUAUAAUUCCUCGGGUAUUGAGAGUGGAGACUUGAUCAGUCUUUACAGACAGUGCCAGUCUUUCGAUAUAUCCCUAUCCACUCUUCGUAUUGGAAUUCUUAAGGCCAUGAGGAAUUGCGAGUCAAUUAACCUAGCUUUCUCCGAAGUACUUCUCCCUUUCAUUCGAGAUAUGGUGUCUGGAUUCCUGAGUAUAACCAGCUUUGAAAGUGCAUCCGCGGAGUCGAGUUUUGUCCUCGGGAUGAUCUUGGAAUACGUUUUAAUAUACGUCCAGCCGAGAAGUGAAGCGGCGUCGAGCUGGAAACGCCAAUCGGCGACACAAUGUAGAUGCGGUGAUUGCACGCAGCUUAAUGACUUUCUGCAAAGCGGUACUCGAAAGGUACUAGAGCUAAAGAUGGGCUCAAGCCGUCGAUUCCAUAUACACAAAGCCCUCAAUAAAGAUAAGACAAUUGGCCAUGAAACUCAUCGUUUCGGUAAUCCGUUUACCUUGGUCAUCACCAAGCUUGGAGAUCCAGCCACAUUAUGGAAGGCUAGGGCUGCUGAUGCCUUGAAGAAUAUAAACAGCAUUGGCUCCCCUACUCGACUCGAGGAAUACCUUGGCUCUGCGUCAUAUAAGUCGUUAAUGGCUCUUGAUAUUGUUGUUAAGGACCACCCGGUGGACUACUACAUCGGAAACCCCGGCCCCGAUACCGGUGGGAGAAAACGCUCAGCGACAUUAGAUUUAAAUCCUAGGGAGGCUCCCAGCAGCCAUAACGUUGAAGUGAUUGAUCUAACUUAA